AUGUCUGCAUCUACCUACAUCGUUACUUUCAAGGGUGAUACUCCCGAUGAAGUUAUCGAAGAAGAAAUCAAGAAGGUUGAGGCCUCCGGUGGAACUAUCAACCACAGAUACAACGCUGCCAUCAAGGGUUUCUCCGUCGAAGUUCCUGAUGACUCUGUUAACUCCUUAUCUUUCGGAAGCCCCCAUAUCAACGGUGUCGAAGCCGAUGCAAGAAAGGUAGUGAUUUCCCCUGCUAUUUUAUCUAGCAAGAUAAACAAGGGUGCCGUUGAAAUAGUCGAUCCCGAGACCAUUUUGAAUCUUGGUGAAAAAUCCUUUCGAUUACCAGCCAUUCACAUUGGCGACUAUGUAGAAGCAUUCAGGAAUGGACAGUAUAGCGGCAUGGUAGUGGGACAAAAGCGAUCAAGUGGUGGACUUCAGCAAUUGACUGUAUUACUUCGCAAUGGAAAGACUUUUGAAGUAAGAAGUGACAGUGUCGCCUUUUGCAUGAAAGACUUUGCCAGUUCACAACAAGUAUCACAGACAAUAACCGAGCCUGUCAAUUUGAGGGACGUAGAUUCGAAUGGACUUUUAAAGACAAUUCCGGUGGCAUACGGCAGAGCUAUACAGCAUUAUCAACGUACUCUGCAUUUAACAAAGGCAACUUCCCAUCAACAAUUUGAAUCCAUGUACAAACAUUUUAUUCAGAAAAAGAAUGGAUCACCAGUAGCUUUGAAUGAUUUAGCUUCGUUUGCAUUUAUGCGUUCUGCUAACGAUCCCCCAACUCCUUUACAGCGUCACGUUACCUUUUUAUAUAUGGUAUCAGACAAUAUCCACUAUAUUCCUACCCGUGAUGUGCGAGGAUCAGAUUCCUGGCUGCUUAGACCAGAGGAAGAGUGCGCCAACAUUUCAAGCAUCAUUAGCUCUAUCCGGAACCGGGAUGAGUCCUAUACGGGGUUUAUAUCCCGAGCAAAAGCAGUUAUCACGUUUUAUAAUACCCACUCAGACCCAAUUCUUGGAACGCUUUCACAAACCGCUCUUGACAUAUCAAAGAACUUUACUGAUGCAUUCACGGAAUCGGAUGCUAAAUUUAUCAAUUUUGUUGCAGAUUGGAUCGAAUCACCCAAGGUCAUUUUAGAUUCACCUUAUGAAGUAUUUGUGCCCAACAUUUUAAAGGCAUUUAAAACUUAUGACACUUUGUUCUUUGACCGAUCCAUAGCCAUCCGAUUCUUAAAGGAAGUGGGCAUGUUCAAACCAUGGGAUAAUACCGGAUUAGUUGAAAAUGCAGCCGUCGCCGGCGAAUUCAUUUGGUCCAAAGAAGCCAAACAAAGUGAGAAGAGGAUGAACGAAUUCACAGCAGCAUUUUUAACUGGAAAGAGCCAAGAUUUUAUGAAUGAUGACCCUUAUCAGUCGAUUCGUCAUGAUUUUGGAAAUUUGCGUGUGUACACAAUCGAUGAUCCUUCAGCUAAAGAAAUUGAUGAUGGUGUGUCGAUUGAACAUGUCCCAGGCGAAGACUCAGCUUGGUUGCAUGUACAUAUCGCAGACCCUACAACCUACAUAUCUCCCACACAUGAAUUAACGGAUUUGAUGCAUCGAAAGACCCAAACUCUUUAUUUACCAGAACGUCAUUUCCCCAUGUUACCCGAAGAGCUCUCCUCCCAAAAAUUCAGUUUGGGAGCAACCGCACAUACAAACAAAGAUGGAUCCCAAUAUGCAUUGACAUUCAGUACCAAAUUAGACGGCAAAGGUAACUUGGUAGAUUACAAAAUUCGACCCAGUCUUGUAAAGAACGUUGUCAAAGUGUAUUAUGAUGAUCUGGAUAAGUUACUUCAAGACAAAGCACCCAAGCAAUUUGAUCCACUCGUCGAUCUUUCCAAAACAUUUUCUCAUCCCUCCAGUGGCUCAUUUUUAGCCCAAGAUAACCAUACAAUUCAAAGAGAAUCAACCGUAAAAGAGGACUGUAAAAAGGAUUUACUUGGUAUCUUCGAACUGUCAAAUCAACAUGCAGCCAAACGUAGAAAGAAUGGCGCGAUUACAUUCAGUAAGGCCAGCCCUGUGAUUGAACUCUUACCAAGUCCGUUGGAUUUACCUCAAAUCCAGUUCAGCUCUUCAAGUUACGCGUCCAGUUUACCGGCCAUUCGAGUGAGAUUAGAUAAAUCUGGUUACUCUCCUGCACGUCAAAUGGUAGCCGAAACAAUGAUUAUGGGCGGUCGCAUUGCAAGUAAGUUUUCGCAUGAGAACAAUAUACAUAUUCCCUUCCGUACACAAUCCUGGAAUCCUUCCUCUUCUACCGCCGAUCUCAAAUUACGCGAGGAACUCAUGGCCUGUCGUGAUCCCGAUACUGGUAUGGUGAAGAUGCAAGAUAUGGUAAAUUAUAUGUCCAUCCUACCUCCUAGUACAGUCACCACCAAACCAGGUUUACCUCAUGUCGUGAUGGGUAUUACGGAUGGUUACACACGGGCCACUUCUCCUUUACGUCGGUUCCUGGAUGUGGUCGUGCAUUGGCAAAUUAAGUCACAUCUGCUUGGUAAAAAGAAGGCGCCUUUCUCAUUACCACGACUGAAUGCCUUGGCCAAGGGAAUCGAGACGCGUGAGAAACAACUGUCAAUUUUGCAACAACAGAGUAUACAAUUUUGGGUGAUUAGUUUGUUGGAUCGUAUGAGAGCAGAUGGGUUCACGGAUACAAUGGAAUGGAACUGUAUUGUAAAUAUGCCUAGUAGAACGGCCUCCACUGAUUUAGGUGGGGUAAUGGAAAUGGCAACAGGUACCUUAUUAGAAUUGGGUAUUCGUGGACGUAUCAUUAGAUUGAAUCGGGAGGUUCAAGUAGGAGAAAUCGUUAGAGUCCGAGUCUCUAGUUUAGACCCUUUAUUGGGUAGAGUUAACUUGGAACUGAUUUAA